AUGCUAGAAUCGUUGUUGCUGCCGCACCUCAACACGGCCCUUUCUGCAGUGUUUGAGGAUCUUGAGCCGCACCAGCUGUAUGCGUCUAUUUUGGGAGGUAGCUUGGUUCUGCGGAACCUGAAACUCAAGCCGGAUGCUUUGGCGGCGCUCUCAAUACCCGUAGACGUGACAUACGGUCAUGUGGAGAAGCUCGAAAUCAAACUCAACUUACUUCGUCUACUCACCGAGCCUAUAGUCGUGAAGGCUGAAGGUGUGCUGGUAGUUGGUACCACCCAGCCCCCAUCUGCAUGGGAUGCUGAGAGAGAGGAAUUCCUGCGUGAUCAACAGCGAAAUCUCACUCUCUUAACGGACGAAUGCUUGACCUAUGCGCGGGAAGAAUCGGGUCUUCCCUCUGUGUUGCAAAGAGCAGCGUAUGCUGUUAUUCAACGAAUUCAAAUAUCAGUGAGCAGGUUAGAGGUAAGGCUGGAGGACACUGAAACAGCAUCAGGACAACACUUCGCCUUUGGCUUACGCGCAACACGGUUGUUCAACGUUCGAUGUGAUUCCAAUUGGGAUGCGGAAGGCCAGCCUUCCGCGGGUAUCCCUACAUCGGGCAACGGCAGCGCUGGUCAUCCGACGGCCUCACGUAGCACAUCUUGUCAAAGUUGGCUUGACUGGAUAAAAUCUUUUGGGGGUCGGCAGGGAAACAAUGAGGCCCCUGACGAGAAGAUUCCUGAGGCAUUCCACUUGAAGACGGUCAUGGAAGAUACCUGCGCGUAUUUAGACCCCAUCAACAAUGGCCACGAGCAAGUAUCGUGGCUUCCAUACCCGGCCUCGUACAGAGGAAAGAUACUUGAAGACCUGCAAAAGUACCUUCUCGUGGAUUAUCAGUCGUCCAAUGCAAAAGAAUCUACGCCUUGGUCCAUCUUUAGAAGGCCCGGUGAUGGCGAGGGGCAAGGCAUUGCAGGUGUCCUACCACUAAGCACCCUGAGCCAAACUGUGAAUGCAAGAAGAAUGCGGACCGCUGCCACGUCUGGCGUUCAAGCGUCCACGCCAGAUCAAAACCGGCAGCGGGAAGUAGGAAUCGUAGACAAGGGAGCGGCAAACUCUAUAUUUCACCCUCCUGCUGCAGUGGAUAAGACUGAAAAUACUGGAACAAACAUGUCCUAUAAUGCUGAUCAGCAAGAGAAGCGAGCCGAAUUCUUGCGUUUCAGCGAUUUGUAUUGCCCGAAGGUCCUCUGGCAAAUUGCAAAUCGAACUGCUGCUCACCAUAUGUACAUCCUCAAACCGGGAGAGGUGGAAGUUAGAGUGAGGUGCGUACAGCGACCAACAGCUCCUUCUCCUGGCAGCGAAAGAGCCUUUCCACGCCCUUCUCCGUCGGCUUCGUACUUGAGGUCCGCAUGUGAUGACGCCAGCGGUGGACCAGUAGUAAAGGGCGAGUCGAGAGAAAAUGUGGCGGCAACGGCCGAACUAGAGAAGGAGCCGCUGCCCGCUCUCACCGUCAUUAUUGUUUCUCGGAAUAGCCUUUUGCAGUUUACAACGUUUCAGGUAGCCUGCAUUUUUCGUUGGCUACACUAUGCUAUCUUUUUAUACCAAGAGCUCGUAUCAGGCGUCUAUGCAGAAUGCCUGGAGCUUACACCAACAGAAGAUGAGAUGGCGAACUACCGGUCUGCCUGGCGCCGCCAUCUCGUGAGCUACGCUUUGACUGCUACGAAUACUGGAAAAGCUCUUAGCUGCUCAACGAAGGCAGGGCAAUGUAAGCCAGCAUUGGCUUCUGCAAGCUCUGUGGAAACCAGAGACUGGGAGACUCAAGGAGCCACUGACGAAAAAGUUAUUCAAGAAUUCGAGGCAAAGUAUUGGCCAACAGUUAUUCUCCCCUUGCGGCAGUUGGCGCUUCAAGACUUAAAGCAGAAAGCGUGCCGCGGCCAGUCUCAGCGUGUAGCUAGCUACUCUGCACAACAAUACACAGGGGGUGGAGGGAUAACAAUUUCUCGUAGAACAUCCGACGAUGGGCAGGCAGUAAGCAGAAUAUACUGCCGUGAUGCGGAUGGUCCGGAAUGUGUCGUUGCUUCGUCUGGUAAUGGGGCACAGACUGGCUCAGUGCAAGGACUGGUAGAUGAGAUAGCAGAAGAGUUGUCUGAGGCAUCUGAAGCAGAGCUACAGAUGAUUAAAUGCAUUCAGCAGAUGCAGCCUUGUCGGUUUUCCAAAAGUGUCCAGUUCGCCGUGGAGCUCUACGAUUUGGAGGUGACACUGGCGGCUGCGUACGAAGCUCCUGCAUGCAUACGUGUAAAUUUUGAUGAGCUAUAUGCCCAUAAUGCAAUGUUUUACGACCUUCGCAUGCAACUAGUUGCUGCGUUUGAGGGCGUUCAAAUCACUGACAACCUGAUGCCCAACUUAAACCAUCGUCGCGUGGUAGCCAGCCGAUCGCGUACAAGAUCCUGCACGGAAGGCCAUAAGUUCGCCGACCCUUCGAAAGGGCUUCGCAAAGACAGUUCGGCUGAGCCGUCCAUUUCUUCUAGCGGAUGUGCGAGUUGUGGGUCUAAUCAUAUUCAUGGAACUCCUCCAUUGUCGCCACUUCAACCUAUCAACACUGCGUGUAUCCUAGACUGGAGCACGAACUGCGUACGGCAAGGAUGUCCACUACAAAUUUCAAAAAAAGAAUAUGAUGGAGGGAUGCAGACUAAUCAGGAGGCCCGUGCAGGGGGGUGGAUGCGCUUUGAUAAGUCCUUCGUGCCGCUAGAAGGUAUCCCAGAUAUGCGGUUGUACCUUCAAACACGUGGUUCACUGCUUUGCACAGUAUCACCAGCUGCAGUUGCGUAUCUUGUGGAAGCUCUGCAAGAACCAGUGCACCUAGUGCAAGGAAGCAGCAUCCUCGAAGCGGCUAGCAGAGAAGUUCAAGAUGCACUGCACAGAAAUGAAUUAUUUUUAGCCCAGCUACUUGUUGGGGAGGUUGACCAUCCAAGGAUUGACAUGUGCGUUGAUGUUCCCGCAUCACACAAGUUGCUCCUUCCAUUUAGCCAUGAUAUUUCGCAGUGCCGCGGUGUGCUCUUUCAUUCGGGGGUGAUAUCGGUCGACAGCCGCUUAAAAGAGUCCCAGCAACAGCCGUACCCAUCCGGUCAGACCAACACUGGCGAAGCAUACGACAGAUAUUCGAUCAUUAUUACUGGGGCCUGCUUGCAGCGGGUCAUAAAUUGCCAACAGGUUGAGUGUAGCCUAUCUGCUUGCCAAAAAGAUUCGUGUGCGCUCUUGAACAGCAAAGCAGACGCCCCGAAAAGGUGUUCAGUCGCCUUAACAGAGAUAGCCACAAACGAAAUCCGCCCUCAUAACACAUCUUCAUCUGUAGGGAGCAAAUGCAGCAGGUGGGAGGAACUCCGGACGAACUCCGCCGCUAGGCGGCACAGGGAAUGGAUGCGUGACAGCACAGACAACCGGCUGGAGAUGUCUGGCCAGGCAUCCGUUAACGAAGCAGGCGAAGCCAGUGGCAGGUUUGGAAGCUCAGAGUCAAUGGAUGAUGGUCCAAGAAAGUACAUAUUGUGGCCAGUAGGCUUCAUUGCAAAUAUUGAUGUCUGCAACAACCUUCAUAGACCUACGGACUUGCCGGCGUUCGCUAUAAUCUUUCAAGAUCAAGAUUUCAGCCGCAUGCAGCGUGCUGGUACAAGCCUCCGUGACAAGGAGCCAUCUGCGUUCGAUGAAAGCAACAGCGCGAACCUUCAGCCAGUUGCGCCCCUUCGCAAACAACUGACGCCAGGGUCAUCUACAUUCGAGGAAGUCGAAAACAAAAGCGACGACUACCCCGAAUUUGACAGCAAAUCUAGCGAAACAGCACUUGAUAUGGAUGAAAGCUCAGAAUCGUCUCAAGCGACGGAACAUGAAAGUAGCCAGCGAGUAUCGAACGGGCUAAUUGGGUUCGACGUGAGGCUGGGUUUGUCAAUUCUAGAGUUUCGACUGUACAAAGAGAAAAGCACUGUUGCCCUGAGAACUACAACUGCAAGCGCAGCUGAAAAUGCAGCUAGUUUAACUGGAAGGCGCAUAUGGAGCCUGGGAAACAAUUUACUUUUAAGGUGUAGUGUGGGAAACUCUCGCAUGCGGCUAAGCUGUCUCGCUCAGAGCACAUACACUGCUUGCAUGGCAACUGUAGAUGAAGUAUGCGUUUCUCUAGGACGGCCUGUAGUGGCUGAUACACCUGAGCCUGUGCUUCCGGAAGCUAGGGGAGGAGGUCAUGAUCAAUUGAGCGGAAUGAGUGAUGCAUCCAUCGGAAGCAAACACUUCCAACGCACUGGCUUCGCAAGCUCCAGCUCUAGCUCUGAAGGCUGUACAAUCGGCGGGGCAGCAAAUAUGGGCCAUGUGCCUAUGGAUUCAGAUCCGUGUGGCGCUUCCCCUGCAAAAUUCCCUGUCGAGCAGUAUUCCUCCACACCGUUCGUACAAUUUAUGCCUCCUCAGUGCACUAACUACAUCGAUAUUGAGCAAGUUGCAGCUGACGUUGCAGCUGCCCUCUCCGAAGCGGCAAAUUUCCAAGGCCAAUCUUCCUCAAGCGUGGCGCUACCUUCUGCAACCGUCACGGCGCUACGAAGAGCGCUUGCUAGCAAACGGUUGAGGCUGACGACCCGCUGGAUGUUUCCACCCCCGUAUCCAGGGAUGAAGGCUUCAGGGGAGUACAAAACGGAAAAAGUUGGAGAGUCAUCUGAGAUGGAAGAACAGGAUUCCAGAUGCAAUCCAGUGACCAGCGGCAGUGCGUGUGGCGGAAGUAGCAAUCCGUACGAUACCAUCAGCGGCGGAACUGCUGAGAGUGCAGCAAAAAAAGCCGAUUUGAGCGCUUUCUCGUCUAGUCUUGAUCCGCUACGAAAGGACGCUGCUGAGGAAGAGGUCUUGGUCGAGGACUUGGUGGGAGACCGGUGCUUCUUCAUACCUGCAUGCAUGCACGCAGCGAUAGCAACGAGGAAAACCUGGCAAGCACUAGCAACGAAGGUGCCUGCUGUCUCCGUUGAAGCGUCGCUAUGCCUUAAAGCGCUUAUACAUUCUAUGGACGUCCGGUGCACCCCUCUCCGGAUUACACUUGACUGGGGGAUUGUUUCGGAACACAUCGGUAUUGCAGGGGAGGUGGCUUGCGAUGCUAGUAACGCUUAUGCAGCAGCUGCUCCCAAGUCUGCGGCGCCUGCGGAAGCUGCAACUUCGGCAACUGGGCCUGAAUCGCAGGACCCAAGCAUCGGUCAAACGGUUCUAGAAAGCGACAAGCCUACUGCAGGGAGCAGAGAUAAGAGCGGGGCGCAAAACUGGAACAGUGAAAGUGUGGACGUUGUGCUUGCAAUGCAAAAUGGAGACGAACUCCCCUGGAGAGUCCGUAUUAGCAUUCUUGUCACUCACUGCGAUGUUGUUGUGCCUACCAGUACGCCUUCUCCGUAUCCAAACCUUCCCCUAGCUCCGGUAUUCUGCAGUGACGACCAGUUGUUCUGGCUACAGCAGAUUCCCAGCUGUUCCACGCGACAUCCACCACGUCGAAAAACUCUUCUGGAGGCGCCUGCUGUAUCUAGAAAGGUUCAGCCCCGUAGUAGUGUUUCCUCCCAGUAUAUGCAGUCGAGUUCCAAGGCCAUAUCCGGUCUGGAGAGCGCCGCUGGCUCCCCCGUUGCCUUGAGGCACAGCGGGCGAAAUAGGGAAAGCGAAGCGGACAGAAUGCCAAGAGAAGGCACCCAGAACUUACUGGAGGCAAUACUAGCCACGGCCCCUCCUGUUUGCGUCUUUUCCUUUUCUGCCACCACUUCCUUUUAUUCAGAGUGCCACUCAUUCGUCAAUGCAAACGACGCAGAUUCGCGCACGGGAGAACCUGGAAACUAUCAAGAUGGAGUGAAGAGUACUCCUAAAUUGCAUAAAACCAUGAGGCUUUUGGGACAUGUAAAUCAAGUGCGUUCCGAGUUGUUGCAAGGCCCAGGUGGUUCUGAAAAAGCUUUAGCAAAUUUUGUUGAGAUUUUGCGGAAGGUUUUGGGGCUUCCUGGACGGGACGCCCCAGGUCGCCCAGCGCUCGGAGGUUGCUUGAGGCCCACAGGAUUCGGAGCUCCAGACUUGCCCCCAUUAACACUUCUCGAUGGGCAUCGGAUUGCGCGUAGCUUGUCUUGCAAUGCCAGGAGGGAAAGAUCUGCUUCCGCAACAGUGUCGCAACCAACUGCCGAUCCCGUACUAGACGUCCCCCUCACAUCCUCUGCCAGCCAAACUCGGGGUUUCCGCGCCAGUGUAGACUCAAAUCGCAAAGGAAGGACCGGUUAUCAAACAGUCCUGACUGUAGAAAGGCACGCCAUCAUUGAUGGUUGUCGUUGCCGAAUGAGAGCCUCCUACAGGACAGCUGCAGGGCCCGGCUGGGAGACUAGCGCUUCUCUGACACGAGCGGAGGAGCCUCCGCCGGAUAGCAUGCCGAAUGAGAAGGGCGCAAAGAGGGGUAUUGGUGCGGAAACAGCAGGAAGAAGAUGCAGCCAGGCAGCGAACGUUUGUCAACGAGGAGAGAAGUACUCCGAGAACGAGGGGGAAGCAGUAAUCGAGUUAGAGCCUUUGCUGGUACACUUGGAGCCGUCGGUAGUUGUCGCUGGAAUGUCACUACUUCAGCUGCUUCAAAAGCUUUUCUUGACAAGUCCUACUGCAGCCUCAGCAUUGCCGGCUGAAACAGCAGAAAUGCACUCUGGAAAGAAAGAAGCUGAUGGAUCGGUCAAAGUAUCCGAAAUAAAUGAUACAUCGACGACGACAGAUCUCAAACGUCCGCGCACCUGCUUCGCUAAUGCGGAGCCAUCUGCCGAUGUGGGAGUACUAGAUAACUCUCGCCAACGGACACUGUUGGCAGCUCCUUGCCUCAGUAGUCAAAAACAUGAUGCAGUGCUUGCAAAUGCCAGCUUUCUUGCUAUGACAUCUCCGGAUGGAAUUGGAAGAGUGCAAUCAUCUUUUGAGAGCCCAGAGUCUUCAUUUUCUUCCGCAGUGGCCGAAGGUUUUGUGCCCUUCGCGGGCACACCUAGAGGGUUAGCAGUCGAUGAAGGCCUCUAUCAAUGCACUAUAGGCAGCUCAGCGGCCUCACGAAGCAAAGAAAGCGGCGUUGAAUGCCAUUCAGAGUCUACUAGGAACCGUACAACUGCUGCUCUUGAAGAUACUGCCAAAACGAAUGAAGACGCAGAAAACGCCUUGUCUUGGUUUUGGAGGAUAUUGAACUCCCUCGACGCCGUUCUCAUUUUGAGAAUACGGAUGGAGUGCAUCCAGUUUGAAAGCCCGUCCCUGCAUUUCACCGUCGAAGAUCUAGAAGUGUUGGGCGGACGGCAGCAACUCCGACAAAUUGUUCCCCCAGAGCCAAAGGAGCUGCCAAGGACUCAAAGGGGCACAGCCAAGAAAGAUGAUAAGGAACAGAAGGAAUUCUUGUUUGGCAUUAAAAUGAUGCUAUCUGCGGAAGCUUUACAUAAGGAAAGAAUAGCCCUAGAGUCCAUCCUGGAACCGUGGUACUGCUCCGUGGAUCUUCGAUAUACCCCAGGAGAUCUUCUGCUGAAGACGCUACUACCACGUUCUCCCUUGGAGAAAACUGCACGCCAGUUGACCGAGCGGCCUACAGUGAUGAAGAGAGCAAAGUCUGUAUGGGCAUCCGGAGCGCAUGUGAAGGAUCUCAAGCAAAGAGACGGACGACAACGUUCCAUCCUCUUUAAUACCAAGUCGGAGAGGAAGUCGAAAUAUUUCCCGAACAACUGGAGCUACCGUGGCUCGGAGGGGGACUUCGCAGCUGCAGAAGCAAGAAGAGGCAUUGACACACAUGGUAAUUGUUACCCUUGGACAAAGGACUCCAGAAACCGCAGUAGAAAGCUUCAGCAGCUUGCAAGAAUUUGGGGCAAGUACGGAACGGAGCUCUGCGCAGAAGUAUACUGCUCCUGGAUUAACCUGACAGCAGCGCCUUUCCUCAUGGAUGCAGUACUAGACACUGCCAACCUCAUCGAGGCAGCUCAACGAGCACUGCAAGAGCAACUCAACAAGCAGCAACAUCUGCGCGUUGCUCUCCGCAGCGGCUCUCCACCAAGCUUUUUUCAGCAAUCUAAAAGCACGAUGAAAAGCAUCGACUUUUCAAGGAAGAACAUUCGAACGGCUGAUCCUCAGGGAAGCUCGGAUACGCACGCUCUUCCCGAAGGCAACAGCAGAAUUGAGAGCGCCGCUCCCGACGUCUCCCCAGAGCGCAGGAAGGAGGGUCUUGAUCCCAGCAAGACACUCGGCGGUGCAGAGUCGGCGUCUGCAUCUGCCGCCGAAGGCCAAUCGUACUUAGAGCAUAGCGGCCUGGCAACCGGCCCCCUCCAUUCGGUACAUCCACCUUCUGUUUCUCGUGUUCACGGGUCGCUUGGAUCUCCCGCAAAAGGUUUGCAAGGUCCUUCUCAAAACAAUGUGGCCGUGGAAGAGCAGCCUCUGCCCUUGUUAGUAAACAUGACAGGCCUGCUUUUACUUGUCCACGUCCCGAAUCCAGAACGACGUGCUUCAGAUGCACAAGGAGAGGAAAGCAACUCCCUGAUUCUCGAUCACCACCUUGUGACAGAUGAUUUCGGCAUCACACGCCGGAAAGCUUUUGCAACGAUUGCAUUUGCAGCAAGCAACCCCUCCUCAACCACUUCAGAAGAAGCUGAAGACGAUGAGCACGACGGCAGCAAUUCCUUGGAUGGAAGUGCAUACAAUGCAGCCACCAACGCCAACCCGCUCACCCCUUUACCUGAAACACAGGCAGACACAGACAAUGCGACUGGAGGCUGGAGACAUUUAUGCCAUGGAGAAAGCUUUCACGUGCCUUUAGACGACCACGGCCAAACAAGGAAGGUUGUCGUACGCUUGCAAAUUGCGGGGUCGGAGUUUGAGAUAGACGACUUGUGCCUCGAUGGAAGCCAAGUUUCCGUGCGAGAGCUCCCAAUCAAGCUGCCAGCACAUCUGAACAAUCCACCGAUGCGGGAUGCGAGAAAAAGGCAGCGGCACGAGUUACUCCAUGCCUCAGCACGCAUCCUUGUAUUCCCUCAUCCUGCCGUUGCUGUACUGGAUACGCCAGUCGAAGAUUCUUCAACUGCGUCGUCAAGUUCCUCUGUUGACGAUCGGCAGAGCGUCGAGGCACCAAAGGGCCCUUCCCCAUCUUCAAGAAAAUCUUUGAGCCCAAAUCGAAAUACAGAUACAAUAAAUGUCCCCUCUGCCCCCGUAAGCGUGGAGUCUCUCGCACCAGAGCCAUUGGUGCAGAAAGAAGUCCUAGACACCGCAAGCCAUGAACAUUCAGAUGCUAACAGCGAACAUUCCGCCAGGCGGGCGCCGUCAUCUGAUGGAAGGUCUGCAACCGAAACCACAAAUGUCUCUCCUUGCUGUCCCUUGAAUAUUCAAGAACGUGGGGGAGUCGUGCAUGUUCCUUUGUCUUGGAUCCUCCCCAGAGCAGUUGUCGCUCACACACUGGGGUACUUGGGCCUGGACAGAACACGUGAGGGUUCCUUUGUAGAACCCCGAGACUCCCCAGCAAAGCCAGACCCACUUUCCGCCACUCCAAGACCUGAGGGUACGCCGGCUGUACAUCCUGCAGAUGCCAAACCGCAGACAUCUAAUUCUUUAUUUUUCUGGAGGCACAAAAACCUGACAGACCAAACGAACCGUGGAGCUGCUGUUAUGACGGUGCCCCUAACAAGCAUUAAGAUACACGGGAAGGCUACUGCGACCCGUGGCCCACGGGUGGCCUCAUCGGAAGAAGUAGAAGCUUUCCCCAAUUUUUAUAAUAGUAUCAUGGAAAAGUGGAAAGAUGACAUGGCCGUUGAACCUUUGUAUAUUAUUCCCUCAUCGUGCGUCACUGCGAUGCUUGGAACCGAAGAAAAUACCCCGGAUAAUAAGGGGAGCAACGGCCGUGACGGCAAUACAGAGACUCCAGCACAACGGCUCAUGCCUCCCCAGAAAAGUAACUAUCGCCGGCUGACAACGGAUAACCGGCGCCGCCUCAUAGCACUCCUUUCAAAUAGGCAAUCCACUCCUGCAUAUUUUGAAGCUCAGGGAAUGGAAGCCAAGGGCUACUAUGACUUAUAUUCACUCGUUCGCUCGAUUGGAGCAAAACCUCUGCUGGAGCACUCUACCCUUCAGCAGAUCGCAUUGGAAACCAGUCACAGCAUCAUCUCCUUUGACUGCCGGCCUCAGGUUUUGGAAUUUUUUUACAGACAGUCGCCAUCAAACAAGGUCAACACAGAUGCGGCCGGCGAUCCUAUCAGCAGCACAUUAGACCAAUCAACUCACAUUAACAUCGACAAUAACGAAGGGAGCCGUGUAGUUUCUAAUGCAAUUGCCGUCACAGUUUAUGGACAGUCGCGCGACUUAGUAUCUGAAUCGGAUCCGUUGUUCUUUGAAGUUGGGCUCAACGCACCCAUAAGUCUUGGAAACCGGCUCUUCGAACCUCUUCGGGUGUCAGUUAUCCCCAGUAGCUCGGCAACUGCACAACGCCAUCCUGCUGCACCCACAGCUCCGGACAACCAAGAACGGCUUUUGCCUUAUGGACGCAUAGCAGCUGGGGGUGACAUUGAUGUCCAAAGGGCUGCUAACGGAUUUGUUUUCGAGUUGGAGACAACCGCCUGCGGGUCGGAGUACCGCCACAUAUAUGAAUCCAAGCCCUUGUUGAUAGACUGUCAUGCGCCUGCACCCGCAAGUGCGCUGGACCUUACAGUAUGCUUCGUACGGUCUCGUAUUCUUGAUAGUUCUGGAAAUAGAAUACAGCAACGCUCAGCACUGUAUCGCCACCUUUCCAGACAUCAGCCAUCGGAGUUUUCUGUCCAAGCUGAAGUCCUGGGAUGGGUGCAGCAAAGUGCUGGUUCUUCAAACGUCGGGGGAAGUGAUAAUAGUUCGUCUUCUUGCGACUAUGCGGGCCUAACGAAUAUCAAGAGGCACAUGUGGUGCACCUGCGUCAGAAUGAUUCGAAUCUUUGCACCCUUCUGGCUGGUCAAUAGACAGCCUGAGGCACUGGCUGUGUCUUACUGUCGCCGCCCAAUUCAGUAUAUGGCUUCCUUUGACUGGAGGCUCUUGGGGGUGCCUUCACAAGGCAAAGCAUAUCUUGCUCUAGGAAUUGCUCCUGAUGAUGAGGCAGCGCACCUUCGUUUGCAAACGGACGCCAUUGGUCCAGCUCUGGCUGAAGAUAUAAAGGCUGCCCGUUCAAGGAGGACGGCAACUGCAAAGCUGAGUCCAGCAUUUAGAAUUGACAUUGUUGGCCGUCCUUCGACAGUUUCUGUGCGAAUGAAUACAUCAGGGAAUGCUGAAUCCAAGGGAACAACGGCCACAAAAUCGCGUCACUUUGGAGUCACUGUGGCCUUGGCUCCUCCGCCUUUCUCCCGCUCUAGAAUAAUAAGCAUCCACAGCCGCUUCAUACUAAGGAAUUGUCUUUCAUGUGACAUAUGGGUGAAGGAAACCAAUGGCGAUGCUCCCCCGCUUCGUCUCGUGCCAGGCUGUCAAUGCGCUUUCCAUCCUCAGGCUUUAGGACCCCGUGGCGAAGCCCUCAUAUGCAUCACCAAAACAGACCCUGCAAUCAUUGAGACACUUACGAAAACAGAUGCAACUGCAACUACCCAGUUGUCGAAUUCACAUGGUGAUGGAGUUGUAAAGGCCCACUCCAUAGAAAAGGUUGUGUGGUCAUCUCAGUUGUCGGUAUCCCGCAGCGCCUCCAUUCAAGUUCGCCUGAAGACCCCAGUAGAACCUUUACUGUGCUCUGCGGGAGGCAUUGACCAGCGCUCAGGCCGAGGUGUCCUUGGGAAAGGUGGAAGGGCACUAUCGUGGGAACACCACAACAUUCAUAUUGCUAUCCGGUCUCUUGAGAACGCUGCAUUUGCGGUGGUAUUCAGUGAGCCUUUGGCAUCAGAGUAUCUUUUGGUAAAUAAUACUAACCACAUAAUUGCCUUUGCUCAGAGUGGCAUUCGAAGCAAACAUGUCUGGGAGAUCCUCGAUAGAGGUAGCCAAGUCGAUUACGCCUGGACGGAUCCUCAGCGUGAAAAAAAGUGUUUGCGGUUUUCUUUCUGGGACCAGAACCAGAAGGUGGUGAAGACAUGUGACAUAGCCAGAGUUCGACUCCACCGACCCCUAACAUUGCCAAAUUCAAAAGAAAAGGUUUAUUUCGUUACGGACGUUCGCGGCAGCAGGAGGCGAGUAACCAUCACACUUGAUGCGCCUUCUGCCGCAUUGAAGGAUGCUCUUGGAGCACGCAGAGUUUGGAAAAACCUACAGCACGACCUCUUCAAGAUUCGUAGAAAAAGAGCGCAACACAAACAGAAAAGAGAGAUCAAAGCAUUGACCCUAACUCGUCCCCAUUCACAGAUUGAUGUGUGGCGGCCAAUCCGUGCUGGUAGAAAGCUGACUGUUCCCACUUACAAGCGACAGCUUUCGGCGACGCCUCGAGAGCGAGAGACAGGGGCAGAUCAAAAUGCAUUGAGCGUCCCUCUCAGCCAAACAACUGUUCCCAAAGAUCCAUUGCGUCAGCGUAAAACGCUUAGGUUUCAGAAAAGGGAAACACUAAGUUUAGCGCGCAGGCUGAGGAGCGGCACCGUUGCUGGCAGUGCGGAGAGCUCCUCCGGGUCUUCGGUGUUUGCUGAAGAUACAGGAGCUAAUGAAGGGGGACAAGCAGCGAGUGGAUCUGGUGAGUCACAGGAGAUGGAAGCCAAGGACCUGCGGCGACACCGGAUGACAACCCUUCUGAAUCGCCGCAGUAUAAUAAACGUCCCCAGCUCACGAAAUAUCCGCAAUAGUUUCAAGCGGACGGGGAAGGGGGGGAGCUACGAGCUCUCCCAACGAACGCCGGUAUCGUCGACAUCAAGCGAGAUGAACCAAGUUGACGAGCCGAGCAAAGACGCUUCGUUUCUUGAAAUGGGUUUUUAUGGGGGAAUCAUACUUCAAGGAUUUGGCAUAUCUUUGGUGGAUCCUACUCCACAUGAACUGGCAUUUUUCUGCGUUUCGGGAAUUCGUUUUGAGGUGGGAAGACUCCACAAAGCAAGUGUACACGACAUUCGUUUCUGUAUAAAAUCCCUUCAGAUAGACAAUGGUGUUCAGGGCGCUCAACACCGAACGAUCCUUAGACAUGCAACACUCGAAGAACGAGUCGAGCUUCACGGAGAAAGCAAAUUAGUCCUUCCAGGAGAUGGAUCAAUGACAAGCGGAGCUUCUGAAGGCCUUUUAUCUUCCGUUGCUAAGCCUCUGACAGCAUGGGAAUCAUUGGAAGAAAGCCAAGGGGAAAAGCGAAGCCUUUUUUUCCGCCUUCAGCUGGGUGGUCAAUGGAGGGAUGAGGCGACGUUGCUAGACUAUGUUGAUGUCGAGCUUGCACCCAUAGCACUGCACGUUGAGGCAGAUACUACUUCUGUACUCCUUCGUUUCCUUAUGCAGCUCGUACAAAACAGGACAUUUUUCCUCAUGUCACUGCAAGAGCGCAACAUACAGCUGGUGCAAGAUGCAGCUGGCAAUAAAGUCAACACUUCCGGGUACCAGCAGCUGCGAGCGUUUCCGCAAACAACGGUUCCUGUGGCAGCUAGCUUAAAGCCUCUGUACAUCCAUGAACUUGCGAUAAGACCUAUGCUGAUCAUCUUUUCCACUCGAUCCCAACGCCUGCAGAGGGGCCAUGACACUUCAGGGCACGGAAACUUGGUGGCUAUACGCCAGUUUGAAGUUCUUGGAGAUCGAAUGACUGACAUAACGAAUUUUCCGAUGAAGUCCCGGCUCCUGGUUCAGCAGUGUGUUUUCACAAAUGCUGAACAACUAGUAACUGAUUUAGGAUCUUCUUAUAUUCAACAGUGCAUCUGGCAGCUUCACAAACUGGUGGCGUCCAUAGAUGUCAUAGGAAAUCCUCUUCGUCUCAUCACUGGAGUAUCUUCCAGCUUGCGACUCGCCACUGCCCAUCCCUCUGACGGUAUGUCAACUAGUUCUUAG